AUGCUUUUAACUCAACCAAGGUUAUUUUGUCCACCGAUCCACCGCCUCCAUCAUCAGCUUCUAAAUUCUCAAUGUCUACUCCACCGCUCGCCUUUUCUGCUGGGUUACUACACAUUUUCGGGUCGUUGGACCCCGCUAUUAUCUAUGUAUUCGAGCUUUAAAGUGACUGAUGGUGAUGAAACAGAGGUUGAAGAAGCCACUGGUUUCUCUAUAUUUUCUUCACAAUCAAACGAUAGUAGUAGCACUGUUAACAUGUCAAUUAGGUCGUUCUUUGCAUGUCUGAAAGAAGUCUUACUGAGUUUAAGCCAAUUUGUAGGUUGGUUAGGACAUAAAGUUGAAGUAUACUUCUGUUUUGCAGCUAAAGAGUCACUUGGUAUCGGAAAUUAAAGAAGGAGGCGAGCUUCAAAGGAAUCUAAAUGUUAUUGAGAUACUUAAAAAACAUUUUACUUUCUUUGAGUUUAUUUAAUUUUAUUUUGUAUUAUUAUUUUUUAUAUGUUUUUGCGAUGUAAUUCACAUCCAACCCAUGCAAAGCAUGGGCACCUACACUAGU